UUUGAUCAGUGAUUUUUUUUCGUAGAAUCUUUAAACUUGUCUGAUUUAAAAAAAUGCUUUGGGUUUUCGAUGCAUUUUUGAAAACCUCAUCAUUUUGUUGAUGAUUCAUGAUCAGCAAUACUUCCAUCAUUUGUUUUGUUUACAGAAAAAAAAAAGCGAAGUAGCAAGUUGAUUUCCGCUCUUAUUUAUGUGAAGUAGGUGUGAGGAAACACUCGUCUCUGUCCCUUCCGCUCCUACCCGAAACCCUCAGCGAAAAAUAGAAGUGAGGAAGUCGCGAACGAAGAAGGAGGUCAAAAAGAUCAUUAUAUUAAUUAAAUUAUCCAACAAUAACUUAGAGGAGUCCAGGUUUACCUUUCCUCGUUUGGCUUCGUUCCUUCGCAUGGGUGUAGAGUUUUGCACGAGUUCUUCUUGGUCGCUGUCGACUUUGCUACUUCGACGACGUUCCCUUCCUGUUGGAGCGGAAGUUACGACAUUUUUUUUUGAUCGGAAGCAACAACGGAGCUCGCUUGCUGUGAAGGGCUUGCAUGAUCAAAGAAAUGAAGCUUAGGGGGUUCCUUCCAGUGCUAUUGAGCUUGAACUUGGUCAUAUUGACUGUUAUUGCUUUGUCACAGACAUGCCCAGCUGAUAUCAAUGCCAAGUGCGGUGAUGAUUCUUCAGAUGGAUGGGAAGGGGAGUUCUUUCCUGGAAUUUCCAAAAUCAAAUAUGAGGGUCCUAAUAGCAAGAACCCACUUUCAUAUAAGUGGUAUAAUGCUGAUGAGGAGAUUCUUGGAAAGAAAAUGAAGGAUUGGCUGAGAUUUAGCGUUGCUUUCUGGCAUACAUUCCGUGGAACUGGAGCUGAUCCUUUUGGUUCUCCGACAAAAACAUGGCCAUGGGAAGAUGGCACAAAUUCAGUAGCAAUGGCCAAAAGAAGAAUGAAAGCAAACUUCGAGUUCAUUAACAAGUUAGGAGUUGAAAGAUGGUGUUUUCAUGACAGAGACAUUGCACCUGAUGGAAAAACACUUGCGGAAACUAAUGAAAAUUUAGAUGAAGUAAUUGCUGUUGCAAAGCAACUUCAAGAGGGCACUAAUAUCAGGCCAUUAUGGGGCACAGCCCAACUUUUCAUGCAUCCUCGUUACUUGCACGGUGCUGCCACUAGCUCUGAGGUUGGAGUUUAUGCUUAUGCUGCAGCUCAAGUCAAGAAAGCUAUGGAGGUCACCCAUUAUCUUGGAGGAGAAAACUAUGUUUUCUGGGGCGGUCGAGAAGGGUACCAAACUCUCUUGAAUACUGAUAUGAAAAGAGAACUUGAUCACCUGGCAAAGUUUCUCCAAGCCGCUGUUGACUGGAAGAAGAAGAUUGGGUUUACUGGCACUCUGUUGAUAGAACCAAAGCCCCAAGAACCUACCAAACACCAGUAUGAUUGGGAUGCUGCUACCACAUAUGCUUUUUUACAGAAGUAUGGCCUUGAAGGAGAGUUCAAAUUGAACAUUGAAUGUAAUCAUGCUACUCUAUCUGGUCAUAGCUGCCACCAUGAACUUGAAACUGCAAGAAUAAAUGGAUUGCUGGGUAACAUUGAUGCUAACACUGGCGAUCCUCAAAUUGGAUGGGAUACUGAUCAGUUCCUCACAGACUUCGGAGAGGCCACUUUGGUUAUGCUAAGUGUGAUUAGAAAUGGAGGAUUGGCCCCUGGCGGCUUCAACUUUGAUGCUAAAUUGCGGAGAGAGAGCACUGAUGUGGAGGAUAUUUUCCUCGCUCACAUUUCUGGCAUGGACACUUUGGCUCGAGGCCUCCGAAAUGCUGCCAAGAUCAUUGAGGAUGGUUCGCUCGCCGAGCUUGUGAGGAAACGAUAUCAAAGCUUUGACUCAGAGAUUGGUGCUCUAAUUGAGGCUGGGAAGGCUGACUUUGAGACACUGGAGAAGAAGGCUAUGGAAUGGGGUGAACCAAAUGUUCCCUCUGGAAAGCAGGAACUUGCUGAGAUCAUUUUCCAGUCUGCAUUAUAAGUAUGUAACAGUUACCCAUCUACUACAGUAAUAAGUAGAGUUGGUCUUUUCUACUAAUUUGUUGGUAUUUACUCAAUCAAAUCUCCUCCAUAGGUUUUGAUUGUAUGAUCAACUCUAGAGUCUAGUUUUUUCUUGUGCUGAUAAUUAUUUAAUUAACAGCUGAAUCUCACUAUCAUUGAAUUGAAAUUGCUGGAAUAAAUGGCAAGUUUUAAAAAGAGGAUUUAAUAUU